AUGCCUCUCCUACCCGACCAAUCCCCACCUCUGCUACCGCUCGACGCAACCCAUCGAGGGUCCCUGGUUGUUAUCGCCGGUGCGAUCGCAGGUGCUGUCACCUUGACCGGCUUAACUAUCAGACUAUAUAUUCACCUCGCAAUCAACCCACAUUAUGGACGAGAUGACUUUUUCCUUCUAGGCUCAGCAGCCUUCUUCUCCAGCGAGAUCCUAUAUCUGACUACCCUCUAUCUCUCGAAAUGCUGUGUAAUAUGCAUCUUCCUCAAACUGACACCUAAAAAAACACACAACCGUGCUACACUAGCGACACUCGGUUUCUGCACACUAUGGGCCAUCGGCGCGAUCGUGGCAGUCGGUAUCAGGAGUGGGAUCCUAGACACGAAAACCGUAAAGGCUUUUAGCAUCUCCUACUGCAAACUCAAGCUUGUCAAAUGGCAAGUCAUCGUCUCGUUUGACGUUUUAUCCGAAAUCAUCAUAUUUCUCCUUGCCGUACACCUCAUCCGGGGGCUUCAAAUGCGACUUGGAACAAAAGUCGUAGUGUUGAGCGCCUUUGCUGCCCGGUUACCCGACCAUACAAACCUCACCCUGGACCUAAUCGACUCAUCAGUCUGGACCCAAAUCAAUCUCAACUACAAUGUGAUCGCCUGCACAAUCUUCGCACUUAAACCAUUCACAGCAGCAGUGAGCACAAACUACGGCACAGCAGGCGAUCAAUCACUACAAAGCACAAAGAACAACAGUAACGGAAGUACCGUUGACAACGGAUACUCACGCGAUCUAGAAAGCGGCACACACACAUCCAGAUCGAAGGAGCACAGUUUUCUCUCCAGGCCGUACAGCAAUGGCAACGGACAGGGACAAAAAAAGCAGCGACCUCGAAGAAAGAGUCAACUUUCUACAUCCUUGUCUCGAUCGAUAGCGAGUAAAUCUGAAAAUAAAUCUAUGACCUCGACCUCCUUUACACGUUUUUCACUUUUCUCACCAGCUUCUCCAACACCACAACAUCAACGUCUGCAAUCAUCGGACGAAAAUCACGAGAUGGGGUCUAUACACUCGCCUACGCAUGCGCCUGCAAAUUCACAUACACACAAACAUAUUCGCACCGCUAGCCGCGGGGUACGAGUGUCGUUUUUAAACAGGGGGGAAAGAAAGGGUACUGGAUCCAUUGAUUCUCACGGGACCGUGCCUAGUGUGGGGCCUGGGCCCGUUGCGUCCGAUGCGAUUAUUGAGACUCCUGCUGCGGCUGCGAGGACGAUCACUACCGCCAUUACUGCUGGAGGGGGGAGUGGGACAGAAGCGAAUCCCGAAGCGGAUUGGAACGAUGAUAAAACGAAGUUAGUUAUCAAGAAGAAUGUAGAGUAUACUGUUCAGUAUGGGGACUGA